CAGAAAUUUCGAUCUGGUGUAUGGCAAUUUUUGGAUGAUCCAUUCUCCUCAUACCCAGCCAAGAUUUUCGGAGUUUGGACAACUUUGUUGGUUGCCUUAUCGAUAGUCACAAUGUGUAUUGAAACAAUGCCUGAAUUCAAACGUAAUAUCACAGAAGCUGACAUAGCCAAAAUUGCUGGAAUUACAUUGGAAGACCUCUUCGAGAAUUACACAUGGAAUUCCCAUAUGCAUCAAAGUCAUGUGGACAUUUCGGUUAAACAUAUCCCAGUUAACUGCACUUCAAGCAAUGAGGAUACAAUGGUUGAUACCGAAGUUGAUAAAAGCUACCCCAAUGUUACUCAUCUAAACAAUGUCAGUCCAAACACAACAGGGGAGCCAGAUGUCAAGGACACCCAUACUUUAAAUGAUACAGACCACAACUACAGAAAUGACACUAACAGUCCAAACACAACAGAGGAGCCAGAUGUCAAGAACACCCAUCUUAUGAGUCUAAACAUCACAGAGGAAAAUAGAGGUAACCAGAUUGAUGUCAGCAAUAAAGGUAGUACAGAACAUACAGAUAGACAAAAUAUCAAUGCUACAGAGAGUAUAAAUGUAGAACUCUGUAAUAAGACAGAUACAAUGGGAAACACUUCUCAAAAAAUGAAAAAAGCCAUCAACAUUCAGAAAUCACUUAGUGCCACAAAUCCAGCUUUGGCGACUAUUGAUAUGGUGUUGAAUAUUUACUUCAUCCUGGAAUUAUUGAUAAGAUUCGCUGUUUCCCCGAAUAAAUACAAAUUUGUAUUUACAUUUUACACCCUGAGUGAUAUACUUGCCAUUGCACCAGUUUGGAUUCAGUACGUUGUAAAUAUGUAUGACGAAGAAAACAGAUACAAAUUCACCCUGAUUGAUGUCUCAAACUGUCUGUUGAUAAUGCGUGUGUUUCGGGCAUUUCGACUCCUAAAGCAUCUUGUGGCAUAUCAAGUGAUCAUCUAUACGUUGAAGGCGAGCAUCAAAGAAAUCAUUCUCAUGCUCCUCUUAUUAAUUUUGGGCAUGCUCAUAUUUGCAACCUUGAUUUAUUUCUCUGAAGCUAUAACCCACGAACCAAAAAAUCUGGAUAUUACAUCCAUACCUAUUGCAUGCUGGUACGCACUGGUUACUAUGACAACUGUAGGGU